AUGUCGGAAGAACUCACCAGGGUCGACUCCGCCGUCGCCGGCCUGACGAUAACGGCCAAGGACGAGAAACCAGUCCAGGUCACCAAGGACACCAAGCACAGACGUCACUCCUCCACCGCGGAAGGCGUCUACAACAUCAAGGAACUCGAGGAGAAGAAAAUCGAAUUGACCCUGCCCAUCGAGACACAACGCACAGGAUGGAAGCUCAACACCUCCCCAUCCACCGUCGAAGACAAGGACAUCCUCAAACUCCACCUCGUCAACCCCCCGGUCAAGAAGAUCGACCUGCACUUCCCCUUGGGCCUGGAGGUCACGGCCCGCAACAUGAAGGGCGUCACGAUAAAGGAUGCGCUGGACGCAAUCUACAAGCAGUUCAAGAAACAGUCUGACGACGUAUUGACCGAUCCCUACCUCAAAGGUUUCGAGUGGGACAAGGAUGAGUGCUGGACACGCCUCAUUGUCCACCAGACCAAGCAGGGUUCCCCCGCCCAGCCCAGCAGCAAGAAGUCCAAGAAGAAGAAGAACGAGGACGCAUAG